CAUCAUUCGUCACUCUAAAAUGGCCGCGUGGUGGUUCGGUCGUGUGAUCACGUUAUUUUUGGGUGUUCUCUUAGCUGUUAGUGAUGGGGGACAUCCGUUUGUACCACCGUCUAUUUCGGACUCCCUUAAUGUUUUUUCCAGUAACUCAGCUAAUGUCACGAACGCCGGCACCCUUAAUGAGGGUUUUAACAACAACGACAUCCGGUUAACGCGGAGCACAGUCCUCAAGGGUGCGACUGAAAAGCGGCGCCUCGAAGACACUGGAUUGGAGUGGGAAAUGAUUAUACCUGACUUGAUCUGGAGGCAGCAGCGUCAUAGUAGUCUUCAGCGAGGCGGUCAUGGCCAGCGACGAGCCGAAGCAGCGCCACGACCUAUCCUAGGCUCGUUGGCGUAGAGUACCAGCCGCGCGGGGUGAAGGAAAAUUUCACCGUUCCCUAAUUAAUUUCUUUCUUAAAAGACUAAAAUAUAUUUUGCAAAAUUCUCCUGUAUAAUUUAGAUGAAAA